GACCAGCUCUAUGGUCAGCCAGCGUAACUUCCGGCUGCAUUCUCAGAUUCCCCUGUGGGACAAGAGAGCCCAAGAAAACUGGAAGGCAGCAGGAGGGGGGAUAUCCCAUCCCACUGCUCGUAAAAACAAUUCAGCAGCUAAUUGGCCACUAGGAUUGUUUUUAUAUGAAAGCCAACCGCCAGCUGAAAAAAAACAAUACCAGGAUGAUGCCUGUAGCUGUAUAACCACUCAAAGUCCAGCGACGUACCAGUACAUUGCUGGUCCAUAUUGGGCAUACAGUUAGGUCCAUAUUGUAUAUGUAACAGCAGAGAACACGGGCAUAUGAU